UGUAGGAGUCCUUCUUAAUCAUCAGUACAUAAUGUUCCCUCAGUGGGCUCCUUGAUGAUCCAGCUGAAGCACCUGGAGAAGCUCCUCAUGAGAAAUGCCAGUAGUCUGUGAAGGAGAAGGUGAGUUGGAGUCUCUGAGGUGUAAGGAGAGUGACAGAUCAGUGAGCAUGAUGUGCAGCAUUCACACACCAUUUACCAAAAAUACAAAAACACUCUACAGCAGAGAGAGAGAGAGAGAGAGAGAGAGAGAGAGAGAGAGAGAAUGAAUAAAGAAUAUAGUGAAGAAAAACAAGACUGUGGCAUAAGAGAGAAAGUUUGUGGAGUGAGAUAAGAAAAGAAAAGGAAAGGAGAGUGAGGGACAGAAAGGAGUAUCUGAGAAAGAGAAAGAGAGGGAGAGAGUGAAAAAAUUAACGGGAGAAGGAGAGAAAGAACAGGAGGAAGUGAAAUGGGGAAGAAAUGGAGAAGUGGAUGAAAUAGAAAAAAGGGAGAGAGAGAGAGAGAGAGAGAGAGAGAGAGAGAUGAUGAUGAUGGGUGAGAGAGAGGGAAAGUGGAGAAAUGUGGAGAGAGAGAGAGAGUAAAAAAGGGAAAAGGGAGGGUGAGGAGCAGAGGAAAAAGUGAAAAAGGAGUGUGUGUAGAGACUGAGAUAAGGAGAAAGGGAGGGGGGAAUGGAAGAUAAGCAGUGAGAGAGAGAGAGAGAGAGAGAGAGAGAGCGAGAGAGAGCAAGAGAGAGAGAGAGUGAGAGAGUGAGAGAGAGAGAGAGAGAGAGAGUGUGUGUGUGUGUGUGUGUGUGUGUGUGUGUGAAGGGGAUGUAUAUUGACUCCAGGCAGCGGUGGAGUGUGUUCAGUGUGUGUGAGACAGAGGACGAGAUGGAACAUCGGGACAGAUGAAGACUGCAAAUGGGACAUAACGCCGAGAGCAGGAGAACCAGAACCAGUCCUUCCUGUGUGUUGGUCCAGAUGAGUGUGUCCAAAGCUCCUCCCAGCCACUCCCACUUCCCGUCAGGAGGCGGUCCUUCCUCUCAUCUGACCCUCCCCCCACCAUCCUCUUCCUCUACAUCCCCCUCCCCCUCGUCAGCGUCCCCGCCCUCUGCCCCCCCUCCCCCAUCUCCGGUGAAGAUCUCCAUGCAGGAGCACUUCGCCAUUAACGUGUGUCCUGGUCCCAUCCUUCCCAUCCCCAACCUGUCCGACUUCUUCCCGCGCUACCACGCCUUCCCGACCACACCCCCUCCACCCAGGGAGAAACCUGUCGCCCGGCCUCGAGAGACAGACAGAGAGAGGGAUGAGGAUAGACAGAUGGAUGGAGAAGAGAGGGAGGGCAUGGACUCUGACGAUGACGACACAUACCUGGGCACUUUGGAGUUCAGCCUGCUGUUUGAUCAGGAGAACAACUGCCUGCACUGCACUAUCCAUAAGGCAAAGGGACUAAAGGCCAUGGACUCCAACGGACUUGCCGACCCUUAUGUGAAGCUCCACCUCCUGCCUGGAGCAAGCAAGGCCAAUAAAUUGCGCACAAAGACCCUGAAGAAUACACUGAAUCCAGUUUGGAAUGAGACCCUGAUUUACCACGGCAUUACAGCUGCUGACAUGACAACAAAAACUCUCAGGCUGUGUGUGUGUGAUAUGGACCGUUUGGGUCGUAACGAGUUUAUUGGUGAAGUGCGAGUUGCUUUAAAGAAGCUGAAAGAAGGAGAGAGCAAACGAUACAACAUGGGACUGGAGAGAAUUGCACAGGUGCGAGAAGGUAACAAUCAGACGGUGGAUCAGAGUUCACAACUAGUGGAGGAGGAGAGGGGACGUAUCCUGGUGUCCCUGUGUUAUAUCAUGGAGAAGACAUGCUUGGUGGUUGGGAUUAUUCGCUGUGCUCACCUCGCAGCAAUGGACUCCAACGGCUACUCUGACCCCUUUGUCAAGAUUGUUCUUCAGCCAGAUAUGGGGAAAAAGUCCAAGUAUAAAACAUCGGUGAAGAAAAAAACCUUGAACCCGGAGUUUAAUGAGGAGUUUAUAUACGAGGUUCCUCAUGAUCAGCUGGCUAAGAAGACACUGGAGAUUUCCGUGUGGGAUUAUGACCUGGGAAUGAGUAACGACUUCAUCGGAGUUGAAUUGGGGAUCAACGCUAAAGGAGAGCGACUGAAGCACUGGUUUGAGUGUCUUAAAUACAAAGGGAAGAAAGUGGAAUAUUGGCACACGCUCACACAGCAAGGGGCCCCAAGCAGCGACUAACACACACACACACACAUGCACACACACACAUACACACACACACACACACACACACAUGCACACACACACAUACACACACACACACACACACACACAUGCACACACACACACACACGGAAGAGUACGAGUAAUAAUGACAUGAUGCAAUAAACACACUCAUGAAGUGGCGCCGGAUGACGACGCAGUGUCUGGAUGUCACAUGGUCCGUGUGUAUCUGAAACCACGCCCGUGACAUCACACUUCUGAGCUGUGUAAAAAAAAAAAAAACUGAUGAAGUGUGUGUUAUGGACAAUUUGCACAUCGGUCAAAGCACAACCCAGGCUGGAUUCUGUCCUUGUGUGUGUGUUUGUCACUUUAUUGUUUGUAUUUGUGAAGAGGAGAGAAGAGAAGAGAAGGGAGGAAAGGUGUGUGUGUGUGUGUGUGUGUGUGCAUUUGAUUUCCUCAUGUAGUCUUUCCUUCCAAACACACACACACACACACACACACACACAGGCCUGAAAUAAGCUAGCAUGAGAACCUUUAAUCUCCUCAUCAGGAUUAUUGAGUGUGUGUGUGUGUGUGUGUGUGUGGGUGUGUGUGGGUGUGGGUGUGUGUGUGUGUGUGUGUGUGUGGGUGUGUGUGUUGUUCAUCACUGGACCGUGAAUAUCCACAAAAAUCUGUACAGUGAACGUUGUUUGUGUGUGUCUGUCUGAUCAACCUUUUGGUGUGUAACGUGUGUGUGUGUGUGUGUGUGUGUGUGUGUGUGUGUUCAGUCUAUGUUGGAUGUGUCCGUGGAGUCACCUUCAAAAUGUGUUCCUGUUAAAAAAAAAAAAUCACACUGGGGAUGAUGAUGAUGAUGAUGAUGAUGAUGAUGAUAGGUCUCUGCUGCUCUCUACUGGUUCAGUGUUAGAAUUGCUCAACACUCAAACACCCUAUCCAAGCCAUCCUCACCGAUAAAGAACCUACAGAUAUCUCAGCCACUGACCACAUGCAUCGCAGAGGCUCUGAAACACAUCAGACUUCCUCUAAAGAUCUGAAACACCAACAUGCAAUACUCUAGAAAUCAACAAUCAGAGAAGCUCAGAAACCAUGUUCAGAGUUCAACCAUUAAUCCAGCUGUUCCCAACAUCAAUCAACAAAGAGCUCAACUGCUAAUUACACAUCUGAGGAACUCAACCACCAAUCAGACAGCAUCUGAGGAACUCAACCACCAAUCAGACAGCAUCUGAGGAACUCAACCACCAAUCAGACAGCAUCUGAGGAACUCAACCACCAGACAACAUCUGAUGAGCUCCAUUAUUCCAUCAGUACCUGAAACUCAGACUUUUAAUCUGAAGUUCAUCCAGGACCUAAACAGCAUCUGAAGAACUGGACUACCAGUGUGAUAGAAUCUCAAGAACAGGAAAAGAGAUCAGUGGUCAACGUAACCCAGUCCAAGGGGUGUGAGAAACGUUCAUCCUCUGUGUGAUGCCAAGAAGCUCAUAAACCAAUAAAACCACAGCAGAAAUGAUUAGAAUGAUCUGAAAGCCUUUGUCCACCAAAUAAAGCAACACCUGAAGAGCUUCACCACCACCAAAUCAACCAGCUUCCAAAUCCAGUGGUUUCGUUCAAUCACUAACCUCCUGGAAGAUCUCCACAUCUCCACACCUCAGUGCAGAAUCUUUCAGCAUGCAGAGUGAACUGUGCUUUCAGGUCUGACUUCAUACAAAGUUUUCUUCUGAAUCUUUCCAUUUCAAAAGAUCUGCAUGAAGAUGUUACGUAUCGUCCACUGAAGACUUCAUCAUCACCCAGGAGUCCAGCAGUGCUGGAGAUUAUGCAAGCUGGACUUUCCUCUGCAAGCCAUCAGUCUUUAUUUCGUGGUGUUGGUGAGACAGACACUAAAACUGGGCGUUCCUUGAGUUUGAGCUCAUUCAUAAAAAUUCAGGCCACGCCCACACGCAGGCGGGCGUUUUUGAACACAGUUUUUUUCUUUUGAGUUUUGACUUCUUUCCACAAAAAAAUAAAAACUUCUUUCAUUUUAGAUGCUUGCUGUACGGCUGGAGCUCAGUGUGUGUGUGCGCGUGCGCGUGCGCGUUUCAAAGCUCUUUGUAUCGGUGUGGGCGGGGCCUGAGUGACAUGCAAAAAAUCGAUGUAUCUUUGCGUUUCUUUAAUGAGUCAGAUUUCAGUUCAGUGAGUAAGCGUUAUAUAUAAACAUAAACAUAAAUAUUAAUAAAUAUAAAUAAAAAAAUAUAAAAGUUAUAUUACAAAGAUGAUCGCUGCAUGCCUGUAAGCGUCACGUGUGCCAUUGUCACGUCAUCACCCAGCUGGCUGUAUAACUGCUUUGUUUAUUUAUUUAUUUAUUUAUUUGUUUAUCUAUCUAUCUGUUUAUUUCCUUGAACAGGGAUGUUUAUAGAUUAUUUUAUUGUCUCUUCUUCAAUCGCGCUCGUGUCCUGGAACACCGUCUCUCUCUGUGGAAUGUGUACUGUGACUGCCAUCGUGUGGUCUGUCUCUGUAACUGCAUCUCAAUAAUAAAACGAUAAUAAAAUGAACUGCGACGCGA